AUGGAAACUUCAGGAUACGAUGCUGGCGAUGAUCCCACCAUGUGUGACAUGAGCGAUCACAACAGACUGGGGGCUAAUCUAUCCAUCCUGUACUACUUUAUGUUUCUCUUCAGUCUCUGUGGAACCGUGCUGGUUCUGGUCAUCAUCUAUCGGUUCGAGAAGCUAACCUCGGUGACCAACAUCCUGCUGCUGAACCUGGUGCUGUCGUCCCUGAUCUUCAUGAGCAGCCUUCCCUUCGAAGGGGUGUACAUGCAGCUCGAGAACUGGAUUUUCGGCGAGGCUAUGUGCAAGAUUGUGAGCAGCGUCUACUAUCUGGGCUUCUCCAGUUCUGUCCUGUUUCUUACUCUUCUGACCUUCGACCGGCACCUUGCGGUCGUCUACUCCUUGGAGGCGCUGCGACUGAGGAACCGAGGUUACGCGGUCAUCUCCUGCGCUGUGGUGUGGCUGAUCAGCAGCCUGGCGUGCAUCAGGCCGAUGAUGCUCCAAAACCUUUAUCGAAAUAAUAUGAAUAACCAGGUCUACUGUGAGGAGUGGGCAAAGGAUUUAUCCGAAGCUACGGUUCACCAUCUGAGAAAUGCUGAAUUUUACAUUCAGCUUAUCCUUUUCUUGAUCUUCCCUCUCGUGGUUAAUAUCUACUGUUACCUUAGGAUCGCAAUCACUGUCCUCUCAUCCAGGAUAAUCGGCAAGUUCAAGACUGCCAGGCUCAUAUUCAUCAUCGUCCUGCUGUUUUUCCUGUGCUGGACUCCAUUCAACAUUGUAGAGCUGACGAGCGCUGAUGGCUGUGAGCAACAACAGAGAAAGGCUUAUGCAAUACACAUCACCCGUAAUAUUGCUUAUAUGUACUUUUGCCUCAGUCCCAUCCUCUACACAUUUGUGGGGAAAAAGUUCCAAAACUACUUUAAGCAGAUUGUGGUGAAGCGCUUCCCAGGGUUAAAGAGGCACUUCUCUUGCCAGCAAAACAGCAGCAGAAACAAUAUGUCCACAAAAACUACACCCACUUAUCUUUAG